GCGCUGCAGCGCUCUCCUCCCCCUCUCCUGCCUCCUCCUCCCUGAAGAUCCAGGCGUGUUUUCUCGUUGGAAACGGUGGUUAGAAUCGCUUGAAGGAAGGGAGUGGAGCUCGGGAAGGUGUUUCUCUUUUAUCCGUGAGCGAUCGAGCGACAUAAUCCAUCGCAGUUGACCCGUUUGACGCAGGAAACGGGGACACAAGGAGCCGCGAAGCCUCGCCGGAGCCCAAAUAAGAAGCUUUAGGUUCACACGGGUUCGCCGCGUCGCUCCCGUUUUUCUCAUAAAUCUCCCAGCGAGAGGAAGCCCUUUCACGUAUUUCCGCUGCAUUUUUUUUUCAUUCAAUUUUUUCUCCUGUGUGAACCGCUGCGUCCUGACUGCAGAUCGUGCGCUUGGACCCCCUGCUGGAAAAGCCUUUCAACACCAAAUAUAGCCGCUGUUAAUGCAGGGUCUCUGUGGAUCAGGUUCUGGAUAAUUUGAUUUAAUUUGAGGGGAUUUCGUCUAAUUUCGCCGAUCACUUGAUGAUCGGGACCGGGUUUUCUCACGUUCUCCCGCUUUGAGACGCACGUCUGAAGCCCGCUCCGACUGCUCCUCACAGAAGCCAUUUUUGAUUAAACGUUUUUGAUUUCCGAGCCUGCCUGAAGCUCCCCGAGCUGCUCCAGGCUGCAGCGCAAAAACCUGUGCGCGCACAUCUUGGCACGCCGCGUCCACACCCAUCCCCAUUGUUCUCCGACAGGGCCAUGGCUCGGGUUUGGUUGUCCGUCGCUGCGCUGGCUCUCGGCGCGUCGCUGUGCUGGGCCGGGGGCCAGCAGGCCAAGGCGGAGAGCCCGUCGGUGGUCACCCUGCGCACCAUCAUCACGGGGACCUGCCAGGAGAUCCAGCGGUACGCGGAGUCGCUGGUGGGAGCAGGAGUGAUCCGCUCAGCUGCUGAGAGUGCUGUGUUGUAUCUUGAAUCAGUGAUGGGUCAGGAGAACGUCCAAACCUUGGCUAUGUUUCUGUCGACCGCAAUCCGAUUCUUGGCUGAGGGAGCGGCCAGCGGCCUGAACGUCAUCGCCGUUUACGUCACCGAGAUCCUCAGAGUCACAGGAUUUGAUGUUGCAACGUUGCCACGCUUCACCCCAGAGGGCGUGACCACCGUUGCCCAGUGGGGUCUGGUGGGCCUCAUCGCCUACUGGAUUCUGACCAUCCUUCUCCGUUUGCUGAUUGGCGUCUUCAAGCAGCUGUUCUGGGUCGUGAAAACGGUUUUGGCUCUCUGGCUUUUCGGCCUGAUCGUCACUGACAAGCACGCCUCCGCAGAGACGACAGCGAUUCGAGUGGGAGUCCUGGUGCUGGUGGUCGUCCUGCUGACUCUGUUCACUUCAAGCUCCGAGAAGACUUCCGGUUUGGAGAGCCGGCUUAACAAACUGGAGGGGCGGCUGAGGGCAGUGGAGAGGAGGAAAGAGGAGUAGAGUGGGGCGAAGGUGGCGUUCAUGCUGGUGGGGAGAAGUGGCAACAUUUAACGAUUUCUACAUUUGUGACAACUUUGAAAAAUAAAGUUAUCUCUGAGAUUUUUAA